UGCCGUGUGUCAUAUGUGUGUGUGUGUGUUUCCCUCCCCUUUAGCUCAAACCCACAGUUAUUGCACUUUAGCCAAGGUUUGGUUUCCGUUACCUGGCGUGAAUCCAGCUGGAUAUAGGUCUGGUCGCAGCUCCGUGAAACAACAUGGGGAUUUGAAUAGAGUCCAAAGGGCCGGAAUUGAAUCGUGAAGCUUACAUCUUUUAGGUUUUAGGUCUGUCUAAAAUGAAGCACCCGAAGCUAUGGAGAGCGUUGUUUUUCAUGACGGUGUUGUACCAUCUUGGGAUGUCAAGCAGAUACGGUUGUGUUUUUGAGAGGAGGCUGUGCUCCAGAGAACAGUUCUGCUCUGACGAUGGUCUCUUUGGGCAGUGCCGUACCUCUAAGCAGGACCAGGUCCAGUACCAGGUCCAGUACCAGGUGUCAGUUCCUGUUCUGAAGAGGAUGCAGGAGGUCCUCAAACAGCUCACACUACAGGGUCUGUCCUGGCAGGAUGACAUCACCCAGUACAUUGUUACCAAAGAGCUGAGCAGAGUUCCUCACACCCCACGGUCCUCCUCCUCCUCCUCCUCACAACCCAAGCAGAGCUCCUCCAAUCAGGGAGGAUAUCCCAGCAGCUCUUCCAAUCAGGGAGGAUAUCCCAGCAGCUCUUCCAAUCAGGGAGGAUAUCCCAGCAGCUCCUCCAAUCAGGGAGGAUAUCCCAGCAGCUCCUCCAAUCAGGGAGGAUAUCCCAGCAGCUCCUCCAAUCAGGGAGGAUAUCCCAAGCAGAGCUCCUCCAAUCAGGGAGGAUAUCCCAGCAGCUCCUCCAAUCAGGGAGGAUAUCCCAAGCAGAGCUCCUCCAAUCAGGGAGGAUAUCCCAGCAGCUCUUCCAAGUCAGGGACCAGUCAGGCUGACAGUUACCAGGACUACAUGAUACUAGACCAUCCCCAGUUCCCCCUCCGCAUGCGGACCUCUCCCAUCGACCCCUACACCUAUCAACAGGAAGAUGUGGAGCGCUCCCUCCACCAGGGAGGAAGAUUCUACCCAGUGCCCCGCCCCUCCUCCAGAUCCCAACAGGCCAAACAGAGAGAGAGAGAUCGUCAGCUUCUACAGGACGUCAUCUCUCUCUAUCUGUCCUCUUCCCCUGCACAGCCCUUGUUCCGCCACCGGGGGGCAGCAGACCUGCCGGCCUCACCCUACUACGAGGACUUGGAACUGCCUGUGGACUAUGUGGAGGACUACAGUCUGACAGAGCAGGCAACAGCUAGAGCCAGGCAACAGCUACAACAGCAGAAGAUGCAGCUACAACAGCAGAAGAUGCAGCUACAACAGCAGCAACAGAAGAAGGUUCCUCAGGACUACAGCUCUCUGGCUGGGCUGGAUGAGUCUGUCCUGCAGCGUAUGGUGGAGACCCUGGAGAGGUACGGUGUUGAUCCUAGAGACCUGACACCCCAGCAGCUCUACAGACUGGCUGUGGUGCUGCAGCUGAUGAAGGCUGAGGACCAGGAGAACACAGAUCCAUUUUCCAAUGAUCUGAUCACACUGAAGGAGACACAGCAGAUGCUUAAAAGCAGUGACACCGUGUCCAACAAGGGAGAGAAUUCUCCCGUCCCUGUCCCCCCUCCCUCCUCUACCACAGUACCUGAUGUGUCCCCUAACCUGGCCCCUGCUGCCACUAGUCCCACCCUCACAGCACCUAUAGGGGGCAGUGUGACGGCCAAGGGCCCCUCUGUCUCUGUGGAAGGGAAGGAGAAAGGCUCCAAUGUCCCAGCAGGUAAUAGGGACGUUAUAGCAGCUGCUGGGGGAGGGACAGCAGCCAGGGAGGAGUACGGAUACAUCGUCACCAACCAGAGUCCUCUCAGUCUGUAUGAGGGAGUGAAACUACUGGAGCUACUGGCAGAGAGAAUCCACCUGACUACCAGAAGCUUCAUCAACAUCAGUGUUGUGGGUCCGGCCCUGACGUUCAGGAUCAGACAGAACCCUCAGAACAUGAGUGCAGAGGACGUGGCUGGGAAGACUG